UGUGGGACUUUAACUUGCAGUGGAGUGUUUCUACAUUAUUUCAUAACGUGUCCACUGCCGUGUCCUGGAUAGUAAACUCAGUGAAAUUUAGAAAUUUCCAUUACUUAGCUGGGUUACCUAAUUUAUAUCACUACUGAAAAAAUAACACAGGUUGUUGUGGUAAUUGUCAGGACAACGUGUACAAAUUCGUCUACGUUUCUAAAUAUUAUUGUUCAGUGAAUGAAAGUAUGAAACAUUUAACUGCCCGCUUUGUGCUCGUAUGAGUCGUUUCUGACGAUCCUACACUCCCCAUAAUGCACUCGGCACGCUUCGCUUCCGGUCUUGCGCCGUUUCUGGAGCGGAUUGGAACCCGGAGUCAGGAUUCGAUAAAUGAAGGGUCUUUUGCAGAAAAGGUUGGCAUAAUGGCUGAGCAGACACCAGAUGAGUUCAUCUGGUGUGAGGACUGCGGCCAAUACCAUGACUCGGAAUGUCCUGAGCUGGGGCCGCUGGUGACCGUCCAGGACUCCUUUGUACUCAGCCGGGCCCGGUCAUCUUUACCAAGCAGUCUGGAAAUCAGACAGGUGGCUGACGGGCAGGAGGGGGUGUUUGUCCUGCGCCGACUGGUUAAGAGGACUCGUUUUGGGCCCUUCGAGGCUAAGAGGGUCUCCCACUUAGAGAAUGAAGGAGCAUUCCCUCUGAAGAUCUUCCAGAGGGAUGGCCUGGUGAUGUUUCUUGAUUCCAGCAGUGAAGACGACUGCAACUGGAUGAUGUUGGUACGACCUGCCACCGACCACAAACACCAAAAUCUGACAGCUUACCAACAGGACGAUGACUUGUACUUCAACACCUCUCAGGAUGUGCUUCCAGGAACGGAGCUGAGGGUCUGGUACGGAGCUUUCUAUGCCAAGAAGAUGGAGAAGCCCAUGCUUAAGUCUCCGCUUCAGCCACCACCACCUGCAGCAGAUGUGACGUCUUCAUUUGCUAAAAUGGAGACCUCAGAGAGGACUGGAGCCCACGCACCUCCAGUGGCUGAAGAAAAGAGUACAGGCAACAUGCUGAGUCACCUUGAUGAUGGAAAGACGGUAACGGUGCUUCCAGCCGACCCGCUCCUGCCUCAAGAGGUUGGCCCCCCUGAUGAGGAAGAGGAGGAGGGUGACCCCUCGGCAGCUCAAGCAGGCCCCAAGAGAGGGCAGGGCAGAGGGAGGAGAGCUAAGGGGCGCAGGGCCGGAGCAACAGCUGCCGCAAGCAAAAACAACGAUGUGACACCGCUGGUGGAGAGCUCCAAGCCGGUGGCCUCAGAGUCUUCAGCAGCAGCAGAGAGCAGCAGCAGCCUGCUGAGCGCUCCAGACAGCGGGGCUGUCCUGAAGAGACACAAAGCCAGAGAGCACAAGAGGGUGUACCGCUGCUCCCUCUGCAACAAGGUCUUCCAGAACAGCAGCAACCUUAACCGACACAUCCGAUCACACGGUGAUAAGCUGUUCAAGUGUGAUGAAUGUGACAAGUUGUUCAGCCGCAAGGAGAGUCUGAAGCAGCACAUUUCAUAUAAGCACAGCAAGAACAUGCCUGACCAAGAGUACAAAUAUAAGUGCAACACAUGUGAGAAAUCCUUUCGCCUGGAAAAUGCCUUAAAGUUCCACAACUGCCGGACAGGUAGGAUUAUCUCCUUGUUUUUCCAUUUUCAAAAGUUUCUGUUCACAGCCCUGCCAGGUCACAUCCUGUCGGACUUCACUCAUUCCAUCUUCUUCUCUUCUCCAGACGACAAGACGUUCCAGUGUGAUAUCUGCUCGCGGUUCUUCUCCACCAACAGCAACCUCUCCAAGCACAAGAAGAAGCACGGCGAGAAGCUGUAUUCCUGUGAAAUCUGCAACAAGAUGUUCUACCGUAAGGACGUGAUGCAGGAGCAUCACAGGAGGCACGGUGUGGGACCAAAGCACAUGAAGAGAGAGGAGCUGGAGGCCAAUGGAGAAGAAGGGACCAAGUACAGGAAGGAGCCCUCACCCUGUCCCAUCUGUGGAAAGGUGUUCUCCUGCAGGAGUAACAUGAACAAGCAUUUGUUGACUCACGGUGAUAAGAAGUACACCUGUGAGAUCUGCGCCCGUAAGUUCUUCCGCGUGGACGUUCUUCGAGACCACAUUCACGUUCACUUCAAGGACAUAGCCUUAAUGGACGAGCAGGAGAGAGAGGGCUUCAUCAAGAAGAUCGGCAUUUCACCGGGCGACAGCGACGAAUCUGAAGACGAUGAAGAAGAAGACGAUCCUGAGCACCACAAGUACAACUGCAAGAAAUGUCAGCUGUCAUUUGCAAAGGGCAGAGAGUACCUGAAGCACAUCAUGGAGCAGCACAAAGAGAGAGGCUACGGCUGUGGGAUCUGUAACCGACGCUUUGCCCUGAAGGCCACGUACAAUGCUCACCUGGUCAUCCACAGAGAGCAGCUGCCUGACCCUGCAGUGCAGAAGUACAUCCAUCCAUGUGAAAUCUGUGGCCGAAUCUUCAAUAGUAUUGGUAACCUAGAAAGGCACAAGAUCAUCCACACUGGGGUGAAGAGUCACAGCUGUGAUAAGUGUAACAAGUCAUUCGCAAGGAAGGACAUGCUGAAGGAACACCUCAGGGUUCACGAUGACAUCCGAGACUUCCUGUGUGCAGAGUGUGGGAAAGGCAUGAAGACCAAGCAUGCUCUAAGGCACCACAUGAAGCUUCACAAGGGCAUCAAAGAGUAUGAGUGUAAGGAAUGUAACCGCAAGUUUGCCCAAAAGGUCAAUAUGCUGAAACACUACAAGAGACAUACGGGUAUAAAAGACUUCAUGUGUGAGCUGUGUGGAAAGACAUUUAGUGAGAGGACGACUCUGGAAACACACAAACUUAUCCACACAGUGGGUAAGACAUGGACAUGUGCGACAUGCGAUAAGAAGUACCUGACAGAAUACAUGCUGCAGAAGCAUGUCCACCUAACUCAUGAGAAGGUGGAGGCCCAGUCGUGUCACCUCUGUGGAACCAAGGUGUCCACCCGCGCUUCCAUGAACCGACACCUGCGACGAAAACACCCUGAGGUGGUGUCUGUAAGAAUCGAUGAGUUUGAUGAUCUUCAGGAAUCUUCGACAAUAAAUAAUUCGUCUAUCAGCAUUGUGCAGCCCACUCUGACCCUAGAAAAAGAUGGAAUGGCUCAGGAUAGGCCCAGCCGACCCUCCCGACACCCCAAAAAGAAGCAGAGGGUUCAGGCUGAGCCCGAGCUCUCCGAGUCUGACGAAUACAUGGAUUUCACUGAGCCAAGACACGAAUCCAUGGCAGAGUACAACACUGUUAUUGUCGGUGACGAGACUGAAACAAGCUCUGCUGUGCAGAGUAUCCAACAGGUGGUGGUCCUGGCCGACCCCAGUGCUCCGUCAGCAUCCUCACCCAACAGCUCAAUGGGGCUGACCAACAUCACAGUCACGCCCAUCACCAGCCACGCCCCCACCCAGUUCACCAGCCUGCAGCCUGUAGCCGUGGGCCACCUGACCGCUAGUGAUCGGCCCCUAACGCUGGACAAUUCCAUCCUCACCGUCACCUUCGACACCGUUAGCGCCUCCGCCAUGCUCCACAACCGGCCAACCGAACUGGUCCCAGAGACGGUGGGCCCUGGCGGGGGCGCUGCGUCCCAAUCAGUAGCACACUUUAUCAAUGUCACCACUCUGGUCAAUCCCAUGGGCCACCAGCUGGAGGCCCCAACUCUCGCCUGGAGGCCUGUCCCUGCGGCUGAAGGCAGCCAGGUUGCCCCCGUGGUGGAAGGUGCUCAAGAGAGUCAGGAGGCCCAGAAUCAGAGCCAGGAGCCAGGUCGACCCAUCCAGAGCCAACCACCAACCCCACAGCAGCAGAGUGGCUCCACACAGCAGAUGUUCAGCUAUUAGAGCAGAGACUGGAGGUGCUGGUCGCCUCGCACUCACAGACACUGUUAUAUAGUAGAGUAGAUUUUAUCAAGCUUUGAUCACUGUCACCCAGAUGCCUCUCCAGCCCCAAGGAAGUAAAAUAAAACUUGUAAUUAUUUUUUUUUUAUACAGAGAAACAAAGUGGCUGUUAAGAAUUAUCAUAUUUUAAAAGAAAGAAUGAGAGACUAGUGGUACAUUAAGCCCAAAUCACAAAUCCUCUGGAAGAUUUACAUUGCAAACCAAAGCAACAUGUGGAAUAUUCAAAUGCCUUACCAGCCUUUUAAAAACAUGCAUGUUUUUAAGUUAAAUCUGCUGCUCGAAAAUUUAAAUAUGUUAAGGUUUCAACCUGAAAAAGAUGCAUUUGGUGCAGUUGACAGUUUAAGUGAAAACACUCCUACAAGGUUAGUUGGAAUAUUCCUAAAAAUGGCUCAUUCAUGAAAUGUUAUUUUUGAAUGCUGUAAACUGUAAUUAUCGUCGAAGUGUCUGGAAAAAUACUGGAAGGGUUUUUGUAUAGUUAUUUUUAAACAAAAUACCUCUUUGAAA